UUGGGUGGGUUCCCGCCCAAUUGGGCUACUUUAGAUUUCAUCUCGCGGGGAAAAAAUGCAUUAGGCGGGUAUAUACAUUUUGGGCUGCUUUUGCCAAUAUCUGGCGGUUUUUUAAUAAUGUGAAAACAGCACACCAAACUGUUAUUUUAUGGUUUAAAAACGGUACAAAUACAAAACUCAGUAGGCCUAUACUUCAAUAUAGGCCUACUUCACGUCGUGAUGUCACAUCAACAAACCGUUGUGCGCCGACGCAGAAGUCUGAGGCAAAAGCCCGCUCUCUCUCAACUCUGUUAGCGAAAUAAGCAUCAUGCCGAAGUGGGGGAAAUAUAAAAAACUUUAUAGAAAGGAAUGGGAGACCGACCCUGAAUUAAAAUCGUGGAUCGCGCCUGCCCCAGCAGAUGACAGCAAAGCUCGUUGCAGGUAGGCUAUUGUAACGUUGAAUUAAGAGCCCACCUCACCGGCAGUGUGUCUGCUUAUAGGUCGGAAUGAAGCGGCCACCGAUUAUUGACAGGAUGGAUACUUUAUUCUACCGGACUCGUUCGCUUCUUCACUAGACACACACCCUACCGCUCACUCUCCUCGCUCGUCCACUCACUCGCUGACGUCACUCACACACACACCUUUCUCGCGCACACACAUACGCUAUUAGGACUAACGAAAAGGCAGGUGGUUGAUGUUACCAUUGAUAGGAUGUUACUGCUGUUAAUUCUUGGGCCUGGCACUGGGAUACAGGAAGUGCAUUUUUCCACAUUUUCUGUGACAUGCACGGUCUGUGAUAAUAAAAUAGAACUUGCCAUUUGGGCUUAAUUGUUUAAUACCGUAGCGUUACCGCGUAAUCAGAAGGACGAGUCGAUAUGGUAAAAUCCCCAGGGAUGUUUAUUAUUACUCCUCAACCGGACGGAGCAUAAAACAUUGCAGCCAUUAGAAGUAACUCUUGGCGCAUAUAACACUAGAACCACAACAUGCGUUUAAUGUUUAUUCAAAAAUUAUUUUUUUCCUGUGAAAAACGUCAUUGGGCGGUUUUUUGCUGAAGUGGGCGGGUUUUGGAACGUGAUUGGGCGGAUUUAGCUCAACCAAAUCUGGCAACACUGUCCCUAUUCCCUAUAUAUUGUACAUUAUAUAGUGCACUAUAUAGGGAAUAGGGAACGAGAUUUCGAACACAGCUUGAUGUCUAUGGUUUUGAGUACAUCAUCCGGGUCCUUUCGGUACUUAUUUUCGCCCGAUUUGAAUCGGAACGGCCUUCGCAUUCAAACUUAGGCUACAAGUACGGAUAGUAUGGACAUUGGAACAACUAUGUAGAAGGCCCCUUGCCUCUAGCCAUAUAAACGGGGACAAACGCCGGAUAUAUACCAAUCAUAUUUCCAAAUCGAAUAAUAAUUUUAACGUAUAACGUAACCGUUCAAGAUUGACAGGGUGUUUCUAGGUUAAAUAUAAUAGUUAUUCAAGUACAGUAACGAAUGGCUUGUUCUUCGUUACUGUCCACCACUGGUUAAUGAUUAACACAUCAGCUAUGUGGAUGGCUAGCUAGACAGAAUUUUUUUAAAUUGUAGCUGGCUGUUACCAAAUGAAUGUGAAUGUGGAAACAUAUCCUCAGUGAAACAACAUAGUCCUAAAACAAUUUUGCACGACAAAGCAGCAUAAUACUUACGUUAAAAUUGCGUUCAGUUGAAAUUGACUUGUCGUCGUCGAUAACUUUUCCUUACUGCGUCAGUCCCGUUUUGGCGCCGAGUUUGUUCACCUCACUGACGUCAUUCAGAUGUGACGGACAGUCGGCGCAGAAGAUUUAAAAUAUAUAUAUAUAUUUUUUUUUUCCAGAGAAUCUUGAGGAUUGUUUGUGAAUUCUACGUUGUCUUAUAUGUAAUAAUAUACAUGUUUUUUUACACAAUUGCUUUGACGGUUAACCAAUCGGGAGAUCAGGAGGAAGGCCAAACAGGAAGCAGGGUAGCCCAGCAGUGAAACCCUAGAACCGCCAAAAUCACAGAUCAACCUCGUCAGAAGACAUGUCGGUGUGGCGCUGCAUGAUCUGUAUCAUUUUUGUGGCUUUUAGAUUGAAGAAUCUUCUUAGCCACAUCAAUGUCACACAUGGUCGUAAUGCAGAAUUUUGGGUUUUCUGUGGGAUUGAUGGCUGUGAGCAAGAGUUCAGAGUUUUUAACUCAUUUUAUCGUCACCUGAAACGAACGCAUCCCCUGUAUGUAACGUCUGGAUGUCCACCAUGUCAAUGAAGAACGACACCCACAUCCGCACCACCUUUAUUAGAAAACUUCGGCGUAUCGAUAUUUGGCAAUUCUAUGACUCCUUCCAUGGACAGCUCCAUGGAAUCAUCACCUGACCUUCUCGAACUUGGAACGCAGGACCCACCAGAGAUGCCUGAGGCCCAAUCAAGCAAUGCAGUAAGUUUGCAGUUGAGCCUAGUUCUGCUAUCUUGUCUAUGUGCUGGGGGAAUGUGACGUGUAGAAGUUGUUGAAUUUCAUUUAAAAACUCUAUAGAGCUCGUAAGUCGCCAUUGCUCAUGGGACCUAUAAGACCGAAAAAAAUGAAGAGAAUGGAGAGAAAGUAAUUAUUUUCUGAUCCCAGUCUUUAUAUGCCCACGUUUACACAUGUUGUUUGUGGAUUUAAAUGAUAAUUUUUCAUGCAAAGAAAACUAUAAUUUAGCGGGUAGGAGUUUGAUACGGUUAGUUUUUGUGUGGGGCGCUUUGUGGACUACAACUCCCGCUGCUCUCGACACGUAUGAUAGACGUCACCACCACUCGCAAACAGAUCCCGCUAAAUUAUAGUUUUCUUUGCAUGAAAAAUUAUCAUUUAAAUCCACAAACAACAUAUGUGUAAUCCGGGGCAUAUAAAGACUGGGAUCAGAAAAUAAUUACUUUCUCUCCAUUGACUCCCAUUCAUUGUUUUCGGUCUCAUAGGUCCCAUGAGCAAUGGCGACUUACGAGCUCUAUAGGAUCGAAGCUCUAAGCAGCUAAUAUAAGCUAUCAGUUUACACUUUCAAUAAAUGAUUUAAAAUUGACUUGCUAAGUGGGAUUUAAAUUUAAAGUCCUAUUUGGAACUACAAAUGGCCAAUAGCAUAGCCUAAGUUGUAUUUGUGCGAUUUAUCAGGGAGAAGCUACAGCUCCAACAUCUGUCACCGGGCCUGACAUUGCCAGAUCUGCAGCAGCUUUUGCCAUAAGUGUUCGUGAACAAUGCCACCUGUCACAGAGGACUGUCAACAACAUCAUCACAGGGGUACAGCAAUAUCAAGCCACUCUUCUGGAAACAUUGAGGAAUAAAAUGAGAGAAGUAUUUGAAGAACACACCGGGACAUCUCAGCUUCAAGAUGCAGCACUGGCUACAUUUGAUAAUUUCAUUGAUCCCUUCUCCACUACUACAAAUGGACUGUUUCAGAACAUUUCAGUCCAGUGAGUCCAGAAGAAGUCGUUGUCUCUCAGACAAUUUGUCGGGUCAAAAAGGGCAGUUCAAGAGUUAUGGCCAUACGAAAAAGAGGUUUUUACUAUGUGCCACUAAUUGAAAGCCUUAAGCAACUUCUUUCUGAUUCGCGAAUCUUUACCAUGUUUAAUACUGUACCACCAAGAAGCCGAGAGGGAUACUUAUAUGACUUUGUUGAUGGGGAUAUGUUCAGAAACCAUCCAUUGUAUUCUAGGAAGCCCAACGCAUUGCAAUUAAUUCUGUAUACAGAUGAGAUCGAAAUAUGCAAUCCCCUGGGUUCUUACACUAGAGCAAACAAAUUGUUAAUGGUUUAUUACAGUUUAGGUAAUAUUGAUCCCAAAUUUAGGUCUAAAUUAGCAGCAAUACGACUCCUGGCUAUUGCAAAAGCUGAAUAUGUGAAGAAGUGGGGUGUUGAUGCGGUUUUACAAAGAAUUCUGAAAGACAUGGAUUUACUCUAUAAUGGUGUUAAAAUUGAAACAAAAAACGGUGAUAUGGACUUAUAUGGUGCUGUGAUAGCUUUGUGUGGAGACACACUUGCCCAACAUGAGCUUGCUGGGUUUAAAGAAGGGGUUGGUUUUGCGUAUCGCAAGUGCAGGCACUGCGAAUGUACUUUUGAAGAUAUGCAAACAAGUUUUGAUGAGAAUGAGUUUGUCCAAAGAACUCAUGCAAAGCACAUUAGGCAAUGUUUUGAAAUAGAUAAAGCCAGCACAGAUAAUUUACAGGCCAACCUCAAAACCACUUAUGGAAUAAACAGAAGGAGCAGACUUAUUGAUUUUCCUGCAUUUGAUAUAAUCCAACAAACUCCUCAGGAUAUAAUGCACGUAAUCUUUGAAGGUGUCGCACCGAUGGAAAUUAAGCUUGUGUUAAAAAAACUUAUUUUGUCAGGAGACAUAGAAUUAGAUGCAUUCAAUUCGGCUCUUCAGAAUUUUCCUUAUUCACCUCUUGAUGUACGUGAUAAGCCUUGCCCUAUCAGUGUGACCACUUUAACUUCUAAUGACAACAAAUUGAAGCAAACAUGUGGGCAGAUGUUAAUACUUAUAAAAAUACUACCUUUUCUUUGGGGAGAUGUGGACAAUGAGUAUGUUACAUUUAUUAAUACAUUGAUUGAAAUAGUACAGAUAGUACUUGCUCCAGUAAUUUCUUUACAAACAAUAUCACAGCUCAAAAUUAUGAUCGAAAAACAUUUGAAUCAAUUCAAACACCUUUUCCCUGAGAGUAAUGUAAUACCUAAGCAGCAUUACAUGUUGCAUCUACCCAGUCAAAUCAAAUCCCUUGGUCCUUUGAUAAGAUGCAUGUGCAUGCGAUUUGAAGCAAAGCACAGUUAUUUUAAGCAGUGGGCUUCAAAAUUGAAUUUUAAAAAUGUUUGUAAGUCACUAGCUAAACAUAAUCAGUUCCUUGAGUGUUGUCAGAAUGAAAUUGGCUGUGAGCAUCCUAUUUUUGCAAAUGAGAGAGAAUUAGGGCCUAUUUCCGAGGUUGCAAAUCUACAGUACAUUCAAGCUAAAUUUAGAGACUUUUUGGGCAUGGAGAUUUCAGAGAAUGUUGUAUCAGUUAAAUGGCUCAUCCUUAAUGGAAAUAAAUACAUAAGUGGGAAGUCUUUGAUUAUCACUCACGUGGAUGAUAAUUUGCCUGUGUUUGGAUUGGUGAAAGGCAUUUUUAUGGUAAAUUCCUUUUUUAGUGCUUUUGAAACUAUACCAUAUGAAACCUUAACCUUUGACAAAGAUUUCUGUGCCUACAAAGUGACAAUUCCCGCUCUUGCCCAAGCAACGGAACUAGUGCAUGACCUCAUUGAUCAUACCUCAUAUUUCUCUGUUUCUUUCAAAGGAAGUGUGUUUGUCCCAAUAAAAUAUAAUCUAAGUGACAUAAUUGCUGACCGAAAUGGCCCUAGCACUUCAUGAGGUCAUUAUAUCUAUCAUUAUGUAAUAAUUGUUACUUGGUACAGAUUUUUUUUAUUUUUGAUUAUUUUUCAAAAAACGUUUGAGGAGUGGAAAUCCAUCCCUUUCGGGUUGUUCUUACUUUUGAAGAAAAAAUAAUAAUUUCAUUACUUGCCAAGUGGCAACAAAAUAUGAGGUGUCAUUUAACUCUGUUACCCUGUUAGCCUACUCAUGUAGUCACAUUUUGUUUCAAUGGAGAUUCCUUUGUUUGAACCUGUUGGGGAUCAAUCCCUUUGUUGUGUCUAUUACUUUUGAAUAAAAGUUGUAUUUUUCUUAAAAAAAAAUGCUGUCACUCUUAUAUCAAGCAAGUCUUUAUCACUGGAUCUAGAAACAAGUUGGGUGUGGCAGGGGGAA